AUGGAUUCCUUGAAACCCUUAACACCUACCCCAACACCUAACUCCAAGCAAGACAUCUUGAUCCAAGACCCAUGGUCUUACAUUCUAUCUGUAGAUGAAUCCAAUCCCUCUAAGAAGAGAAAUCUGAUAAAUCGAACAAAUAAAAACUGGAAUCUGGUGCUGUACCGAAACAAACUCGUUUUAUCAAAUUAUCCCAAACCCCCAGGACUCCUGUCACAAAAAGAGCGUAAAGCCCAUCUAUUGAACCUUUUAAAGAUCUAUAUGCCGGGCAUCCUUAAUAACCCUACUGAUUUGGCCCAAGUGGAAUAUCUAUACUUCAAUGGAUUCCUUGCCAGAGCGGUGGUCUCAUUCUACAAAGGGAGACUGGCAAAACAAGUGUAUAAAUGUAGAGAACAACUGGAGACGAGUGGUAUAAGAAUCUCAAGGUACUUUAAAAAUGAAGCACCUCCAAUUCCACUUAUACCCCAUAUCGUAAAUUUGCCAAAAACUCAACAUGAGAUUGACCAACACGUUUUAAUUGAUAUAAACUCUGCGGAGGACAUCUCCAAACAUCCUACUGGUCUGGUUGCCAAGGACUCUCAAAGGUUGGACUCCCUUGGGCCCAGGUAUGCGGAGAAUCAGGGAAUCGAUCUUGACAGCUUUGAUAAUAACUUACUCUACUCUUAUAGCGUUCUCCCGCCAGAAGUUCAGAAAGAAAUACUUCAUAAAAUUGAUACCCUUUACUUCUGCCUGACAAAAGUGACGGAGGAACAGCUGAGACUACCUAAACAAAAUAUGCUUGAUAGAGACUGUGGUUCAGAUUCGGUCCCACGUUUAUACCACCAAGAACUGGACCUGUGGGUUGGGAAGGCACCCACCCCUACCAGCCAACUGGUUGUUGCGGAAAUGAAUCCACUCUUCCAUAUUCUGGAGGCGGAAACCUUACCACCAGACCCAUCUACCAUGCACCCCAUCUCUGAGGCAAAUAUGACUACAACAUCUGCCUGGGACAAAAUGAGGGAACUUAACGAAUCUGAAUUAGGCUCUCCAUGUAAAGUGCCCCAUAUGGGUCCACUUACUUGUAACUUUAUUAACCCACUCUCUUCUAACGUGUGCAAGUUGAAUAAAUCCAUAGAUACCAUCGAACCGAUAACAGAACCAGCUGAACCAGACCAACAAAUGAGAGACGACUCCAUUUUAUUUUUAGCCCCGAAGAAUGAUCUGGUCGAAGACCCGACAGGUCGUAUUAACAAAAUUAUCCAAACAAUUAAUGAUCACUCAACUAGUGGCACGAUACCUGUUGACUUAAAUUCGCUCUCUUUAAGUAAUACCCCCCUAAUUCUACCAUCUGGCUCUGAAAAGUCGACUAUCUUAGGCCUAACAUCUGCCUUUAGCGAGACGAGUGGCACGACUUUACAGCCAAACCACCCCAAUAAAUCUAAACAGUUGGGGUGUAUAGCACGAUUGCCACCUUCUCAAAGGAAAAUUACUGAUCUUUUUGAAGCUGAAACUCCCCCAAAUUUAGAAUCCCAUUCCCACAUGAUCUGA